AUGUCGCCUGCGGGCUCGGAACCAACAUCAUCAAGCGGGGGGGAUGGGGCCUGUGCUCCCACCGGAUGCAUCCACCUCUUAAUCUCUGCUGGCGCUAAUUCUCCGGCCAUGUCUACAGGGAGUCUGUGUGACACCGGCACUCGACAGAGCAUGACGGGGCACUGGCUGUAA